GUUGUAUUAAGUGGGCUUUAAAUUGGCUCUGAAGGGUUCAGCCCGCGGGUGGCAGACUGAAGCUGUGAAUAUGAGUGAUGAUAAACCAUUUCUCUGCACUGCUCCUGGCUGUGGACAGCGAUUCACAAAUGAAGACCACCUGGCAGUGCAUAAACACAAACAUGAGAUGACCCUGAGGUUUGGUCCAGCACGCAAUGACACUGUCAUCAUCGCUGACCAGACACCAACACCGACCCGCUUCCUCAAGAACUGCGAGGAGGUCGGGCUGUUCAAUGAGCUCACCAGCCCGUUUGAGCAUGACUUUAAAAAGGCCACAGAGGAUGACAUUAAAAAGCUGCCUCUGGACUUGUCUCCUCUUGCCACUCCUGUUGUUCGUAACAAAAUUGAGGUGCCACAGAGAGUCAGUCCGCUCCCUCACCCUGAGUCUACUACCACUGAUGACAAGGAGGUUUCUUUGCAGCCGACCUCUCUGCCUCCAUCCACUAUAGUUCGUCCUGCUUCCCUGCAAGUUCCCAAUGUACUUCUGGCCAGCUCUGACGCUGGUGUUGUUAUUCAGCAAGCUCUCCCAUCUCCAACAUCUAGCUCUGUUAUAACCCAGGUCCCAUCCUCUAGUAGGCCGAUAGUUCCGGUGUCAGGCACGAUUCCGGUUCUUCUGCAGCUGCCUAAUGGUCAGACCAUGCCAGUCGCCAUCCCAGCCACCAUCGCCAGCUCCAGCGUCCGCAUACCCACUGCUCCUCUGGUCAGACCAGUCACCAUAGUGCCUAGCGUCCCUGGAAUCCCUGGCCCCUCCUCUCCGAAGCCUGUCCAAUCAGAAGCCAAGAUGAAGCUAAAGGCGGCUCUCAGUCAACAACUCCCUCAGGUAACCAAUGGAGAUGCAGGUGACAUCCAGAGCAGUUCAGCCAGCCAAACUCCUCCCCCAGACCCGCCUCCACCAGAGGAGCCCCGCCCACAGUCACUACAGCAACCAGCUACAUCUACUACAGAAACUCCUGUGUCUCCAGCCCCACCAGCACAGCACACGACCAGUACAGGCGGUCGGCGGCGGCGAACCACCAGCGAUGACCCCGACGAGAAAAGACGGAAGUUUCUGGAAAGAAACCGGGCCGCCGCAUCUCGCUGCAGGCAGAAGAGGAAAGUCUGGGUGCAAAAUCUGGAGAAGAAAGCCGAUGACAUGAGCUCCAUGAACGGGCAGCUACAGAAUGAAGUGACUCUUCUGAGGAAUGAAGUUGCUCAGCUGAAACAGCUUUUGUUGGCACAUAAGGACUGUCCUGUGACACUCCUACAGAAGAAAUCAGGAUACCAGCAGCCAGAUAAGGAGGACAGCUGCGGGGAGAUGUCUGUUCCCAGCAGCCCACAGAACGAGGCCAUUCAGCACAGCUCCAUCAGCACAUCCAACGGCGUCAGCUUGUCCACGGCAACCGCGGCAGCGCUCGCAUCCGGCCCCGCUCUGGAGCCCAGCACAGAGGAAGAGGAGGAGCCACAAGUGGGCGGGGCUUCCGCCGCUCACACCCAGUCUUCAGGAAGCUGAUCGGUCAUUGUAAUUCUUGACAGCCGUGUUUUGUCUGGAGAACGAUCUGGUUUCCCCUAAUUUGAUCUGAGCUCUUUUUAAUCCAGUGCAAUUUUUACAAAGUGAGAAGACCGUAGUGGAUCAAAGAACUGAUCAUGGGAGAUCACUACUGAUUGUUUAAUUGUGUUUCUAUGUGUGUGUGUGUAUUUAUAGAGCGCUGAAUGAAGAAUUGUCUAGUUUGAAUGUGUCCUGAAUAUUAUUGAGAAAACAUGGACUUAAAAAAGCACUAUCAGAGGCUUAAAGAUGGAAAAACUGGUCACUUUAAUUUCUUUGCCUUUUAUAUUUUGCACAUGAGGAGAGAGAUGAGAGGUUGUUUUUUUAUUUGCUUGCUGACAUUUGAGCACUUCCAGCAGCUUUUAGGAGUAGCUUUACAAACUGAUCCGAACUGACCAUCAGUCUUGAAACCGAAACCUGCCGUUGUGUGAAACUUCUGGAUGACGUUUUUGGGAACAUUUUUACACCGUUAAAAUGAAGAUUCGUUUCUUGGACAGUGGACUUUUCAAACGCUUUUUUCUCUGUGUGCUAUAAGUUAUUUAUUGCAAGUUUCAGUUUGUAUUCAUUUUUUCUUUUAUAUUUACAUUUUAUGUGAAACUAGUAAAAUAUUUCCAGAUACUGGAAGCUUAUUUGAUAAGAGGCUUUAUGCUUUUAUUUAAAUGUGGUUUCCAUUCCGCUUGCUUAUAAAGUGGCUGACUUUGUAUUUGCGGUUUUUGAUUCUUACAAACAUGGAGAGAAAAGAAAAACAUUUUUAGUUCUUUCUGAUUACAACGUAGUUAUUGAAGCAUUGUAAAUGCCAUUACUGAUGGAAUUAUUGUGUGUGAUCUCUACUGGUACUAUGUUGUCUUCGGAUCAUAACAACAAAGUCAAAAGGAUAAAAAAAAUCACCUGAACAGACUUUUAAAGCUCUCCCAACCUUUAGAGCGGUUUGAAGAUCUGUCUUUAGAAUAAAAAUCUAAACAGAAUCUAGAGCUUCUCCUUGUAAGAUUUCUUUGUAAGUUAAACUUUGAUAAGUCACUAUUGUGAAAAAUGUAAGACUUUUGCGUCCACUUCUCUCUUUCUUAAAUGUUUUGGCUUACUACUGUGUAGUUCUACAAGACUUUUCUGCAUUUUUCGCUAUUUAAAACUUAUUUUUGUUUUCAGAGGUUAAUUUAUAUGACAGUUGUUAUGUGCUAACCUGCAUAAUUCUAAGAGAAUAAGAACAAUGUUUCAACCAAUGUCUCUGUUGGGUUAUUGCAGUUCAGCAUCUUGUUACUCUUAGAGUUUAAGCCAGAACAUGGCAGCUUUACUACAGGGUUAUGAUCUUAACUCUGGGUCCACCUCGACGAUGUGAUCAUUUAAUUAUUGUGUUAUUAUUGGCGGUAAACUUAUAACUUGUAAAAGCUAUGUAUAAAAUAUACAAAUGACUAAAAUGUUGUAAUAAAUUUUUUCAUAGCUCUUUAAAAGUUACUCAGGGUGUGUGAUCAUUUUCUCUGUUUUUUGUUUUCGUGUGUAAAUCCUGCCAUCUUGUGGAGGAGCCUGAGAAGAUUGUUCUUCAUGGAACUAUCCUGUUAUUGACUGAUUCCCUUUUAACUUAUGUCAUAAAUGUGCACAACCUAUUCAAGUAAAAUGAAUGGAUAUUUUUAUUUUUUGAAGAUUUUAAACAGACCAAAGUGU